AUGAAAGGUCAGAAAGGAGAGCAGAUCAAACUCCUAACAGGAGGAGACUCACUCAUGGCCUAUGAGACAGAGGAUCAGGAGACUCAAUACUGCUUUCCUGACAUCAACUCAUCAUGUGUCAAGGGAAAACGCUCAAGUCAUGGAUAUAAUAUUACAUAUUUGUUUGUAUCGUUGUUGUCAGCAUGGACUGUGUUUCUGAACCUGCUGGUGAUCAUCUCCAUCUCUCACUUCAAGAAGCUUCACACUCCAACUAACAUGAUUAUUCUCUCUCUGGCUGUAAAUGAUCUGCUUAUUGGACUUAUUGUGAUGCCUGUUGAUGCCGUCAAGCUGAUUGAGACAUGUUGGUAUUUUGGAGACACUUUGUGUGACCUGUACAUGAUAAUCAUGGGACUUCUCCUCUCAGCAUCUCUUAGUAAUUUAAUUUUAAUUGCUGUUGAUCGUUAUGUGGCUGUUUGUCACCCUUUAUUGUACCCACAGAAAAUAACAAUGACUAAAACUUUAAUUAGCAUCUUUAUCUGCUGGUUUGUCUGCUUGACUAACAAUAUUGCAUUUCUAGUUAGUAGCAGACAUUUUGACGUUUUGCAAAAAACAAACAUGUGCCAUGGACAAUGCACUUUAAUAGUCAGUUUUUCAUGGACGUUUACUGACCUCUUCCUUUCCUUUUUAGUACCUUGCACUCUGAUCAUAACUUUAUAUUUGAGAAUAUUUUAUGUUGCCUAUCAGCAAGUAAAAGUUAUCAAUUCUAUCAUAAAGGGUGGUAAAUGUGCAAUGGAUGGUUCAGUGAAGAGAAAAUCUGAGCGCAAAGCUGCUCUUACAUUAGGAAUUGUUGUGACAGUUUAUCUACUUUGCUAUAUUCCCUACUAUAUGUUGUCUGUUAUAGGGACCACAGUAAUAUCUUCCACAAUGACAUUUCUGAUUUGGUCUUUGUACAUUAACUCCUGUCUGAAUCCUCUGAUCUAUGCUUUAUUUUAUCGCUGGUUUAAAAUAUCAGUUAAAUGCAUCUUAACUCUUAAAAUAUUGGAGCCAGCAUCCUCACUCUUGGACAUUUUUAAAGAUUAUCCCUGA